UUGUCCGUCUACUAAAUGUGUCCGUGGGGCAACAUGUUUAACUUAUUUUGAGCGUAUGCAAUUUUCUGUUAAAGUUACUUUCAAAAUAUAACUAUUGUGUAGAUUAAGAGGUUAACUAAUUUUAAAAUACAUUUUUUUUACGGCUUACUUUUUAUCUUUUGAUUUGAUUAUGAUCAAUGACACAGUCGGACGUAUUUACAUGUAACACAACCAUUGAGUUGAGUUGAAAUCGUGGUCGGAACUUUCACAAAAAGGAUAAAAUAUACAAAUAUACAAGUGGAAGUGCUUUAUCGUUUCUCUAUGUUUUUACGUUAGUAUUUUUAUUUAAUAAUUAAUUUUAUCUCGUGCUGGCAUGUGAUAUAUUUUCUAUAUACCUUGAAUCUUUGAAUUUAAAUAAUGCUGCCUGCUUACACAAAAAUCAUGUGGAGACUGUUUAAUCGUAGACGUUUAUUAGAUAUUAAGUCUUUGACUAGAAAGGCACACUACUCCAGACUUGUUUUGGGCAUUGAGACGAGCUGUGAUGAUACUGGGGCUGCUGUUCUGGAUGAAACUGGUACAAUCUUGGGAGAGUCUCUUUAUUCACAAAAGGAGGUACAUCUGAGGACUGGUGGUAUCAUUCCCACUGUUGCACAACAACUCCACAGAGAGAGCAUUGAAGUUGUGGUUCAUGAAGCUCUGGAGAGGAGUGGAGUGGCCCCAAGCCAGCUUUCAGCUGUGGCCACAACAGUAAAGCCAGGCUUGGCCCUGAGCUUGGGCAUCGGCCUUGAGUUCAGUAAGAAGUUUGUGAGGAAGCACAACAAACCGUUCAUUCCCAUUCACCACAUGGAGGCCCAUGCCCUGACUAUCAGAAUGCUCCAGCCCGUGCCCUUUCCUUUCCUGGUCCUGCUUGUUUCUGGUGGUCACUCACUUCUAGCCGUUGCUCGAGGAGUUGACGACUUUCUGCAUUUAGGUCACACGCUGGAUGAAGCUCCAGGAGACACGCUGGAUAAAGUAGCAAGACGCCUGUCCCUCACAAAACAUCCCAACUGCUCUACGCUGAGUGGAGGACAAGCGAUAGAACUUCUAGCAAGAAGUGGUGACAGAAGAAAGUUCCCUUUCAGGACACCGAUGGGGCGAAUUUAUGACUGCUGCUUUUCUUUUGCUGGACUACGCAGUCAAAUUACAAUGUCCAUCAUGAAAAAAGAGGCUGAAGAAGGAAUAGAACAAGGUACACUUUUGUCCUGCGUAAAUGAUAUUGCAGCUGCCACACAACACACAGUUGCUGUUCAUCUUGCAAAACGAACCCAUCGUGCCAUCUUAUUUUGUAAGGAAAAUGGCCUUCUGUCAUCUGAGGAUCCCAUUUUGGUGAUGUCUGGAGGAGUUGCAAGCAAUCAGUACAUCCGUAAGACACUGACAGUUCUCACUGAAAAGACGGGACUUCGCCUGCUCUGUCCCCCGCCCAGAUUCUGCACUGACAAUGGCGUGAUGAUCGCGUGGAAUGGUGUUGAGCGUCUAAGAGAGGGGAAAGGAAUUCUGUCUCCAAAUGAGGAUGUCUGUUAUGAGCCCAAGGCCCCACUAGGUGUCGACAUCUCUGCAAAAGUGAGAACAGCAGGGAUCCGGUUACCAUCAGGCAGGAUGAAGAUCUCUUUCUGACAGACGAGACUAUUUGAUGAUUAAUUGCAAAUCUAUUUAUUCGGAAUGUUGCUAGUUUUAUUUACAGUGAAUAGUUUUUGUCAAAGGAAAAGAAACAUUGAUUGAGAUAUGCUUUUUUAAAAAGUGGCUUAUACAAGAAUAAAAAACUGAUUUUUUUUGUUUAAAGAAAUACUUGAUUUUUAUUUAAUUUCUGCUACAGUUGUACAUGUAACUUUAUUUUUGUAGGAAAGGUUCAAUUUCUCCAUGUUAUUGGUUAGUAUUAAAACUAUAGCAUCAAUGUUCUGGUUGUGCACAAAUACAUCAAGAAGAAAUUG